AUGGAUCUUCCAGUUGUGGUUGAUUCGAACGACGAUGAAAUAGUCUCCCACGAACUAGAGCAAAUGAGGAGUAUAUUGGAAGAGGCGAUUUUGGAAACGCGCAGCACCCCUCUCGAAAAUCGACCGCGACUUCCCCGCAUACCCUUAAGCAAGCGAAAUCGGGCUGUCGAGAGGGCUCUUAACCCAAUGCUGGUGACCUAUUUGGAAGCCAGCCGGGACCUUUGCGAGACGGACUCGAUUCUCUUUGGCGCCGCAGUGGCAGUUUGCCGUAUUAUUGGCGCCAAACUUCCCACGGCUGGACGCGCUACUACACAAACUAACGCCAUCCCAGCUUGGAGGAAAAGAAUCGAGGACCGUAUCGCAAAGGCAAGGGCCCUUAUCGGCAGACUGACAAGCCUCAGGUCGGGUAAUAAUAGACCGAGGAUUAUGCGCACCGUUAGGAUGGCGUUUGCUGGGACAAAUGUUUGUCCCAGCCGGAUAUCACGCAGAAACUAA